AUGGUUGAAUUUUGUAGAUUGAUUUUCUUUUUCAUAACUAAAGACUUGAGACCUCAGUAUGAGGAAUAUGAUGUCUCACAGUUCGUCAAUGUCAAGAGUGCUUCGGGCUAUGCGGUCUACGGAGAUAACCAACAUGAUGAUAGCGCUGCUAUCAAUGCUAUCCUUGCUGCAAAUGCAAAUUGCAAGAUCACUUACUUCCCACAAGGAAUUUACAAAGUCACCCAGACAAUCUAUAUCCCACCAGGAUCUCGCAUCGUUGGUGAUGUCCUCUCUGUGAUUUCAGGCAUAGGUUCCAAUUUCUACAACCCAGCCAACCCCCAACCAAUCGUCCAAGUCGGUAGGCCAGGCGAUGUUGGUGUUGCCGAAAUCUCCGACAUGCUCUUCUCAGUCGCAGACGUUCUUCAAGGAGCCACCAUCGUGGAAGUAAACAUGGCAGCCUCGUCCCUCGGCUCCGUCUCAUUCCACAACGCGCACAUCCGAGUCGGAGGCACAGCUGACACAAUCGUGAACCAAAACUGUGGAAACGCCGACACCUCAGACUGCAAAGCCGCUUUCAUGAUGCCCCACGUUACAUCCUCAGCACAACCAUACAUCGAAAACAUGUGGGGUUGGACCGUCGACCACUCUCUGGACGGCGGCCCCAACCAGAACAUCGCCACUGGCCGCGGGGCACUCAUCGAAAGCACAAAAGGUGCGUGGUUGCAAACCGAAACCGCCUACUGGCAAGGCUACGGAACCGCGGAACAAGCUCCUAGUCCCUGGACCGCAAAUUCCACCAUCGGGGGCCCGACAUUCUCGGACUGUGCUGGGAGUGGCGAUUCGGGGAACGCGCAAUUUUACAUGGGCUGGGCUUCGCACAUCUACUCUUCAUCCAACAUCGUGAUCCACGGCUCCGCUCUCUGGGUCUUCUUCAACGAUAUCACGGAUGGAAGUUAUUCGAAUGCCGGCUGUCCGCAGUAUAAUAAUGUGCGUCAGGAGAAUGCGGUUUAUGUUGAUAAAGCGAGCGAGUUGUUUUGGUAUAAUUUGUUGACGAAGAGUACGACGAAUAUGGUGUGGGAUAAUGGGGUGGUGACGGCUGCUCAGGUGAAUAAUCCGGGAGGUUGGGAGGGCAGCGUGCCCGGGGUGAUAGCUGCGUAUUUGAGGGACUCGGGGAUUUCGAGUGAGCAGUAA